CGCUUUUCUUGGCCAACUGUUUGGUGUUGAUCGUGCAGCAGCUGGCCUGGAGCUGAGCGAAUGGACAAGUAUCGGCCCGGGCCAUCGUCGACGGAUUCCACCACUGCGCCCGUGUUGUCUCAUCAGUGACCAGCCAGAUUAUUUCAACAUUGUCCAAGACUCGACACCCCAAAACGACCGCCCGUGCAGCCCUUGCCCAUCUUCAGAGGUCGCAUGCCGAGGGAGGACGUCGUCGCCAUGGUAGCGCCAGCUGUGCCAGAGAUCACGGAGGAAGUCCUACAGGAAUCCAUCGAUGCACGCACCGAGUCGCUCAUCUCCCUCCGCGAACUUGGCCCCCCCGAUCUUGUCCACCUCCUGAAGCAGCAGGCCCGUAACUCUGGCAAACAUAUUGGCGUAUACCACCAUGUCACCGGCGUGGAUGCCUCCUCCUCGGCCAGCCUGGCUGCGUACAUAAACACUCUCACCUACAAAGAGCAUGGACAGGCACAGUCUGCCAAGAUCGUCGAGGGGGUGUACUGUUGCUACAAUGCCUUCUCCCGACUAGACAUGCGUGUCCACGUCACCAUCCCCGGGACCGUCGAGAGCUAUUGCGUCGACGAGAGAGGUGAAAAGAGGAAGGCGACAGACGAUCUCUGGCUGGAAACGUACCUCUGUAGCGUUCUGCGCGCUUACUCCUAUGCCGACGAUGGGAGCGGCGACACAAUCAGGAAGGUCAUGGGUGUGCGGCGCUUCAACCCAGUAACAAACACCGAGACCGAACAACGUUUCCUAAUUGCUGCGGAGCAGUUGUUCUUCAGAGGCUGGCAGCUUGGCUCGGACUCUAUCGUUCAGGUACCGAAUAUUGUCUCGAACCACCUCACCACCGGCCUCCUUAAAUAUUUUGAAACCACUGGCCGUUAUUCCUCCGGCAUCAACCUGUUCGAGAAGCUCCGAACACAAAACGUGGAGGUGGCUUCGCUGUUGGCCAAGGUCUUGUUUAUGGGCAACGAAGAGGUCGAGGGUGUCCGCGCUUUGCAUGCGGCUCUCAAAGAGAGACCAAUGGACUAUGUCAUGCUCGACACGCAAGCAGGCUUCUUGUUGAAGAAGGCGCAAACCGCUGCCACCCAGGAGCAGAAGGAGGAUCGUCUACGGAUGGCGCUGGGGUGCGCGGAUAGGAGCACCAUUGCAGCUCCGAGCGAGUUCGGAACAUGGGCAAGACUCGCCGAAGUAUAUGUCGCCAUGGAGGACUGGGAAAACGCGCUCACGAUCCUGAACUCGUGCCCCAUGUUUACGUACCAGGACAAGGACGCACCUCUGAUGCCGGAACCCAAGGAUGUAUACCUUCCGACAUUGCCCGAGACUAGGCUCGACGAGAUCGACAGUGAGCCAGAAUCAAGGUACCAGGAGCAGGUGGAGCCGAGCUUGCUGAGCUUGCGCGCCGCCUCGUACCGCGGCACAUUCAAGAAAGCCUACGCAAUCCUCACGGAAAUGACCGCGAAGAUCGGUUGGGACCAGCUUCUCAAGAUUCGGAGCAAUGUGUUUGUUAUGGAAGACGAAUACCGAACUGAGAAGCACGAGGUCGGGCCGCCUGUCCCAGCGAAGCGUGGGCCUAGUACUGACGUCCUUCGUGGAACGCCUGAGCCCACCACGAACGGCGAACAGUCCGACGAAGAUGCUUCCGAAGAAGAUUCGAAGCCCACCAACACCGACGAGACUGGGCAGUCGUCGGUUCCGAACGGAGACAAUGGGAAUGUGGAGAAGCCGACUGUCGCUGCUGAUCCUGGCGAACCCAAGACGGAAGAGAACGGAACCACAACUCAGCCUGAAGAGAACCUUUCCCGAUUGAACAACAAGCGUCUUUGCGAGCGUUGGUUGGACAGCCUCUUCAUGGUGUUAUACGAGGACCUGCGUGUAUAUACCAUCUGGCGCACGCAGAUGGCUCAGUACCGUGCUCAAUCCAUGCAAUACAAGAAGUCUGCCGAGGAAUGGGAAAUCCUCGGCUCUCUUGCGCACCGUCUGCAGCACACGGAAGAGGCCGUUGAGGCUUACCGUGCAUGCCUUUCCCAGCGCUUCAGCCCCAAGGCUCUGACCGGGAUCCUGAGGGUUUUCGAGCAGCAGAAGAACACGAGGGAAACGGUUGCAGCGACUAUUCGCCUGGUCACCUGGCAGUACCGCUGGUAUAGCGAGUUCAGCCCGGAGCUCCUGCACACGAUCAGGACGCUUAUCGAGGACGAGGGCGCCGUUAAGGUGAGGAGUAUCAUCCAAGCAACAAGCCUGCCGCAGAACGUUUUGGACUUGACCCAUCAUUACGCGGCUCUGUGCGCGACGUUCAGGAGCAGUGGGACCGAUGGUUAGGAGCUGGCGCAUGGGACCACUCCCGGACGGCGGCACAGAACAUUUUUUGGGGGUGGUGAAAAGUCAACGGCAGACGGGAGUUUCAUUGGAGCUUGAUACCUUUUUGAAGUUGUUAUUGGGCAGACAUAAUCCGUAACUCAAAAGAGCACAUUGAUACCAAUGCAAGGCCUACUCGCGUCAUGCUUCGUCGUAUGGAGGCCUCGAUGCGGAUCAGGGCAACCCUGCCUGUCCUUUCAUUGAAAUGAAGGCUUGAAUUGCACCGUCAGUGACCUCAUAAGGAACACCACGACUACACAGGACCUUCUCAACCUUAGGGGCAUGGGCAUUUUUCCAUGCUCGCUCUUGCCCGACUCCCGCUUCGCGCCCAACAUAACGUCACCUGGUAAGCCUGCUGGUGAUGAGAUUGUUAUGGCCAGCGCGGUGCAGAUAGUUAUGAAGAGAGCUGCGAGGUGUAUGGUACACAUCCUGGCGAGUUUCAGCCGAUUUUCAAGGGAGACGAUCGUUGGUGUGUGAAUGAGCUAGCGUUGGUUGAGGCGGAAGAGUUUGCGUGACUUAAAGUUC